AGCAGCGGCCCCCCUCGGCAGCGGCGGCGGCGGCGGCGGCCAGUGACCCGAGGAGGCGAGCGGGAGGGGGUGGUGGGCGCGCCGAGCGCCUCCCGCUCUCGGCCGUCCGUCCGGGCCGCCCGCGGAGAUGUCCGGGAAGAGCGCACCUGCGGCGGCCCCCGACGACACCUGGAUCGCCGCCGGCGAGAGGGGCAGCGGCGCCUCCCCCGCCGCCUCGCCGCCCAAGAAGAAGAAGCCCAAGUCCGGCUCGUCCAGCCUGCGCCGGGCCUUCAGCUGGCUGCGGGGCAAGCGGAAGAAGAAGCCCAAGGGGGCGCCCCCUGCCGAGGGCAAGAAGCACGACGCCGCCGGGCGCCCGAAGGGCAAAGGGGCUGCCAAGGCGGAGGACGAGAAGCGGCUGAAUGUCCAGUACAAGGCAGGCGAGGAGCAGCGGCCCGACAACAACGUCUUCUUCCCCAGCAGCCGCCCCCCCCACCUCCAGGAGCUGCACAUCCAGGCCCAGGCCGGACUCAAGUCCCUGCAGAGCCAAGAAAAACAGAAGCAGACCAAGAGGGCCUGGGACCACAGCGAGACCAGCAGCAUCCAGUCUUCCCGCUCAUUCACGGAGGGCGAUGAUGUCUCGAUCCGAAGCAAGACUCCAUCCUGCACGGAGGAGAGCGCCUCCGAGGAUGCCCUCUCCAUCCGCUCUGAGAUGAUACAGCGGAAAGGCUCCACUUUUCGGCCACACGAUUCGUUCCCCAAAUCUUCCCAGAAGGGGGAGAAGAGGAGGAGAGAGCGGAGGACGACGGUUCUGGGUCUCCCCCACCACGUCCAGCAGGAGCUGGGCCUGAGCAACGGACAUGAUUCAAAGAAGCGUCCUGGUAGCAUCGCCGUCCGUGCCAGCCCGACCCCCCAGCGCCUCAUGAAUGGCGGCGAGGUGCCCAAUAACACCAUCCACAUCCCCACCAUCGAUGGGAAACUGCAGCCCCGGGAGGGCGCUGAGGGUGGCGCCCGUGUUUCCCUCCAGGCCCUCGAGGCGGAAGCGGCCAACCUGGUCCUCCAGCGCCACAUCGACCGCGUCUACUUUGACGACUCGCUGGUGGGGCGCAAGACGGCAGCCAAACUCUCCCCCAUGGCGAGGCCCAAGUCGCUGGCCGUGCCCGGGAUGACCACCCAGCCUGGCUCCCCAGAGUUGCUGGGCCCGGCUAUGUACAUCUCACCCCAGGGCACCUACAUGUCGAAGAUCAUUCCCAACGCCGUCUUGCCACCCAUGGUGGACGUCAUAGCCAUCACCCGCACCAGGGUGCGCACGCUCAGCCACAGCAGCCUGUCGACGGCCAGCCCGGCCUCGGUGCGCUCCGUGGGGCGCUUCCCCUUAGCGCCCCGCAGCCGAGAGCACUCCUCCUCCAGUGACAACUGGAGCCAUUCCCAGUCGACCGAGACCAUCGUCUCCAACACGUCCACCAUCUCGUCGCAUGGCGGGACCAGCAGCAGGAAGCAGGAGGCUGGGCCCAACGGCCAGACUCGGACGGUCGCCAGGCCCGACCUGGACCAGCUCAGUGCCUACAGCUCCGUGAGCGGCACCAGCCCCAGCUGCAUCCGUGCGAAGGCUGCCCCUGCCUCACCCAGCCUCCUGGGAGUGCGGCCGCCGGGGAGCAGCGGCCGGGCCUCGCCUGCAUACAGCACCAGUAGCAUGGCAGACAGCUCGGACAGCGUCAGCUUGCGCAGCGACCGCUCCUCCAGCCGGAGCGUCUCCCUCAGGAAAAUGAAGAGGGCCCCAGCGCCCCCGCGGAGGACUUAUUCCCUGCACCAGAAGGCUCAGCAGCUGGAGGCUGAAGGGGCCCCCAAAGCAAUGGGCCUGCCCCCCAAGCCAGAACGCCGGCCCCAGCGUGAGAGCAGCGAGGUGUGGGCCACGGCACGGCUGGCCAGUCCCAGCCCGGCCGGCGAGGACGAUGUGUUCUCCCCCGUGUCGCAGCGCGAGACCAGCAGCCUCCGCUUCGACAGCCUGGCCGACUCGGUGGACACCAGCUCCCCUGACAUCUCGCACGGCAGCCCACUAACCCUUGACAAGCUCCAAGAAGAGGACGGGCUAAGUGUCGGCGGGCAGCAGGCGCUCUCCUCCAAGCAGGGCUCCCCUGACCACUUCGGCCGCACAAUGUCGCCCUCCAGUGGGUAUUCGAGUCAGAGCGGCACGCCCACGCUCCACACCAAAGCCGUCAUCGCCCAUGCCUCCUCUCCCGGGAGGAAGAGGCCGCAACCAAAGAAACCGGAGAGGGUCUGCUCGCUGCAGUCCCCGGGGCUCUCCGUCUCCUCCUCUCUGACUUCCUUGUCAUCUUCUGCCUCGGAUCUGGCCCCUACCGAGGUGGUGGCAGCAGCAGCGGCAGCAGCUGCUCCCUCCAGCGCCGUUCCUGCUUUCAGUAAAACGGACAAGUUUGUGAUCCCUCCACACCCCAAGGUCCCAGCUCCCUUCUCCCCUCCGCCCACCAAGCCCCAGCAGGCUGAGCCCAAUGCUGCCAACGGUACACCCACCUCCUCGCCCGCCACCGGCAACGCUGCCAAGCAGCUCCCGGUCCUCGAGAAACCCAGCAGCGGCUCCCCUCCUCCAUCUCCCCCUCCUGCCUACCACCCCCCACCGCCCCCAGCGAGGAAGGCUGAGGUGAGCCCCGAGGGCCCCACCCUCCCAGAGCCAGAGGCUCCUCCAGAUUCCUUGUGGCCCCCGCCGCCCCCGCCUGUCCCAGACGAGCACGAUCUCUCCAUGGCGGACUUCCCUCCUCCUGAGGAAGCCUACUUCUCGCUGCCGGAGCUGCAACCUGCCGCCGCCGGAAAGGCUGCCGCCCAAGCCCCGGAGGUGGCUCCUGCUUCGGAGCAGCCGGCCAGCCAAAGAACACCCCCUGCAGGGGAGGGCAAAGGGUCCGCCCCCUCCCUCUCCUUCUCCUCCAUGGUGUCGUCCAAGAUCCAGCAGCAGGGAAUCUCGGACCCCUCGUUACUGCCGGCUCCCAAAGUGGAGCCCCCUCCGCCGCCAAAGCUCCCCGCUGGGGGCGAAGCCCCCGGCGCCCAGCUCAACCACCAGAAGGCUGCGACGCCAGCAGCCCCUCGGCCCUCCGGGCUCCCAGCCCAGCCCAGCCUUAAGAAGCCGGCCCUUGGCUCGCGUCCCGAUCUCAAGAAGGAGCCGGCCGCUCGCAGCAAGAGCAGCUCGAUGCCCAAAGAGGACGCCAGCCUCCCCAUCGUCACGCCUUCCCUGCUGCAGAUGGUGCGUCUCCGCUCGGUCAACAUGGACGCCCACGGCCCCGUGGCCAGCCCCACGGGCCCCAAGCCUGCAGCAGAGCACAACGGGCCCAGCUUGGGGGCCAGCGGCAAGUCAGGGCAGCCUGUCCCCCAGAAACCUCUCCGGAAGUCGUUGUCCUUGCGGGUGCCCCAGUCGGCUUCCAAAGAAGCAGCCUCCUCCAACCCGCUGCACAACGCGGUGCGGUUGAAGGCCUCCACCUUGGCUUCCAGGGAUGGCAUCGCAGAGAGGAAGGCGGGCCACCGGCUGACCAUGCCCGCCUCCUCUGCCGGGGAGGCAAAGGGCGGGCAGCUGUCUCCCCUGCACAAAUCCCCGGCCUCCACAGCUAGUUUCAUCUUUGCCAGGAGCCCCAAGAAGUUGGUGAUCGAGACCCCGUCAUCGCCGGAAGCCCAGGCCAGCCUGAAGAAGAACCUGGUGGCCGAGCUGAUGGAUGUCUCUGGCCAGCGCUCCCUAGCAGGCUCGGGGCUGGACCAGCAGGGCUCCGCCAGACCCCAGGCCCAGCCGAAGCCCCACAAGAUACCCCCUCCCAUAGCCAAGAAGCCUUCGCUGGGGCCGGGCGGUCCCCUGCAAGCCCCGCAGAGCCCGAAGACGCCUGGAGCCGAGGAGCUGAGCUCCUCCUUGCCGGCCGUCGGGGACAGGACUAAGAACGAGCCGCCUGGCGAGAAGACCUCUCCCGGGGGGGCCCGCUGCCCCCUGGCACAGCCGGAGGCCCCACUUCAGAGCCCCCCAGCACAAGGCACGUGGGAGGAGACGGCGUGAAGGAAGAGCUGCCCCCAACAUACAGGAAUUUAAAAAACACAAUCAUAUCUCAGGGACCUGAGCAGGCCGGAGGAGGAUCCUGGACAUGGAGAUGUGGAAGAGCCUUAGCCUCUGAUGGCCUUGAUAUUUAUGCAAAAAUUGUGUGGGUUUCACUUCUUCCUUCAACUACACAGUUUUAUUUUACAGCUUCAGACCAAGUAGCACAACAGUCUUUCCUGCUGCCUCCCCUGUCCCCUCUCUUGAGGACUAGCGCCUUGAGCAGCCUGCCUUGGCUGGGUUUGCUGGUGUUUUAUUUUCCCCACUGAAGGUUUUUCUGCAUGAGGAAAAGGCUUCCCCCCCCACACAAACGGUCCUAGUCCUUUCCCCUAGUACCAGCAGGAGAAGAGACUGGCCCAAUUUGGGUCGGCUUGGAGCAUGUGUUCCGGAGGAUGCCCUUCUCCCUGCAGGUGGCAUUGAAGGCUGGUCAGGGCUGGGUGGGUGGGUGGGAGAGCUUUCUCUGGCACACCUGGAAUCGUACGGAACGGAAGCACUUUUCACGGUCGGGAACAGCUGCGGUGGAGACCUCCUGCUCAGUGUCCCAGGCGCUGCUGGGGCCCGGACCCUCUCGCUCGCAUCCUUUGGACAGUUUGCACUUGCAGAAGCCUUGCGCUGAAGGGGCCCUGCCUUGGUGUUGGAUUGGAGGACAGUGCUGUGCCGUGUGUGUGUGUGUGUACGUAGACGCAUAAGUGGGGCACCGGUGUGCAGAUUUGUCCCAAACAGAAACAGCUGAUUCUGGGUGGAGGGGCCGUUACGGGGCCUGCAGACGUGACUUGGACCCCGUAUUGCCUGCCAGAGCACAAACAAGGGGCAGAGAAGGCAGCAGGGACAGACAGGAGAGCCGAGGGUGGGGUGGCGGGGGGGGGGGGGAGGAGGAGGGCUACUCCGGGUCUUCCUUUGCCCCACCCAUGUCCCAGUCCCAUGACUUCCUCUGGGGCUGGUUCUGUCCACUGAGGACGGAUGCCCCCUCGGAGGCUUGGUUGACCCCCUUUUCCUGAAGAGGUGAGGCAAGAAACUGUCUGAACGCCGAUUGGCCCCCGUGGCCGGGGAGGCUGCGAGUUUUCCGUCGGCCUCAGCUGGGUUCCCGAGGGUGGGUGCCCCUUGUGCUCGCCGAGGGGAUGCCUUGGGCAGGGAGGCCAAGGAGGGCACCCAGGCAACGCAGCUCAGAGCUCUUCACUGCCGGAACCCAGCAGGAGUGCCCGCGAACUCCGUACCGAAACAUUCCAGGCUCAAGAUCAAGUUGCUGUUGGGGGGAAAGAGGCUCAGGAGGGCAACACCAACCCCCCCCCCCGUUUCGAAAGAGAGAUGCUGUGUGUGGUUGUGGCACCUUGCUGUUGCCUUUUCUUUGGUGGAGACUCGGGGUUUCUUGGAGGGGGUGGAAUGGCCGAGGGCUGUUGAGGAGUGGUGACUUGUCCGAACGAGUGGGGGGUAGGUGGGUGCCAAAGGAGGUGCGGCAGCUCCGGUUGCUCCUCUCCUCCUGCUGCCUCAUGUAGGGCAGGAGAGAGAGAGGAGCGACUCUGCCUCUGCGGCUGCCCCCUGGCUGGUUAGGAUGAGCUGUUGCUGCCGCCGCAGAGGCAACUUGGUCGGCCAGCCUGGGGGGCUGGGGUGGGUCUCUGUGCAAGGCCAUGCUGAGCCUGGAAGCUGGCAGUUUCCUUUGUCACGGUCUUGCCAGGCGAGGUCCUGCUGGUGGCCUUGCCUGGGGGUGGGGGUGUUUGCUUUGUCCCCACAUGGCUGGCAGCCAGCCAGGUAUUUGAACUGCUCUGGUGACCGGCAUCUCCUCCCAAGAGAGCCAAGCAGGAAAGGAGGCACGUGCAGAGAGCAGGCCUGGCUUUGCUGCAGAGUGCCACCCUGCCCAGCUUGACUUGCUGGCAUGGACCCCUCUGCGGUGGAACGGGUCCUGGGGCCUGUCUGAGGGUGCCCGCUUCCCAUGGAGCAUUGCCUUUGGGCAUUUGCACACCGCUUUGAUGCUCCUGUGUGGUCUAGGCUGGGGCUCUCAGAGGUGGGUCCCCAGAUGUUGUGGGGCUGCACUCUCCAUCACCCCCAACCACAAUGGCCUCUUGUGGCCGGCCGGGGCUUAUGGGAGUUGUCGUUGGGCAUCGUCUGGGGAGCCCCACGUGAGAAAGCACCAGGGCCAGGGAAGGCCAGCUGCCGCCGUCCAGGGCUGCUUGUCCCACCGGGUGUCAGGAGGAUGCCCGUGGCUCAGCAGUGGCCACUUCCACUGCUGCCCAGGCCUUGCAGCUGCCUCUUCCUUCUGGCCCCAUGGAAGUGGCGCUCGGUGCCAAGGGGGGGGAAGGGUGCCCAGGCCCCUGCUGCUCUCCCUGCCAGCCAGCUUGCACAGCCUCUCCCUCUGCCAGUGCCUGGGGAAAGGCUGGCCCUCGUGGCCAUGCUUGGCAUUGCCACCCCCCCCCCACACUUCUUCCUGGUGCUGCUCUUGACGACCAACUGUGCCUGACCCUGCAAGCCCCCAGAAGCAGGCCGCGUGGGUCCCUCCAGCCCAGAGGGGGCGGCUUUCCCUGGCCCCAGCAGCAGUCCUGGUUGAGCAUCCCCUUGCUUACUGGGCGGGGGCAGGCUGGGGCUCACCCCAGGCUCUGCAAGGACAGCCUGAGAAGGAUUUGAGUGCCCCCCCCGCCCCCGUGGUCUGGGCACAGCAGUUACAAAUGAGACCAAACACCUCUGAUGCUUCCCCCCCCCCCCGGCCAAUCCUUAUGCCUUUUGUUUUCUGGACCUAUUUGUUGACAGGUCUUCUCUAGGAGAAUCCUGGGGUCAUUUGCUUUGAUUUCCAUGAUUGUAAAAUGGGGGGUGGGGGGAGAAUCAACCUUUGAGAAAGGGAGGAGUGGAAGGAUUGUGAACUCCAUUAAAAAAAAGAUCUUUAUAAAAAUCAAUGAUUACAGCUCA